CCUUGUCCUGUGGUGACACUAGUGAGAGUGUCACAUUGUCUGGAUGUUUUGCAUCGUAGGCGGUAGUAAUCCCCCGCAGUGACUGACUAGACUGAGUCAGUGAAGAGGUGAAGGGGUUUCGCAGGCUCACAGUAUCUGAACAGCAGCAUGAUGGCGGAGCACAGCGAAUCUCCUAUUCACGUCCAAAUUCCACAACCAGCACAGACAGGCAGCUGGCCCAUUAGCAGGGAGUCGUAUGAGCUCCAGGAGGUUAUAGGUAGUGGUGCUACAGCUGUUGUUCAGGCUGCCCUUUGUACACCCAGACAGGAGCGAGUUGCAAUAAAGCGAAUCAAUUUGGAAAAAUGCCAGACAAGUAUGGAUGAACUGUUGAAAGAAAUUCAAGCAAUGAGCCAAUGCUAUCACCCAAAUGUGGUUACUUACUAUACUUCAUUUGUUGUAAAGGACGAACUUUGGUUGGUCAUGAAAUUACUAAGUGGAGGAUCAAUGUUGGAUAUCAUUAAAUAUAUAUUCAGCAGAGGUGAGCAUAGGAGUGGAGUCCUUGAUGAGCCAAUAAUAGCAACUAUUUUAAAAGAAGUGUUAGAAGGGUUGGAUUAUCUGCAUAGAAAUGGACAGAUUCACAGGGAUGUGAAAGCCGGGAAUAUUCUUUUGGGAGAAGAUGGGUCAGUGCAAAUAGCUGAUUUUGGAGUUAGCGCAUUCUUAGCAACAGGAGGCGAUGUUACAAGAAACAAAGUUAGAAAGACCUUUGUUGGCACUCCAUGUUGGAUGGCACCUGAAGUUAUGGAGCAGGUACGAGGUUAUGACUUCAAAGCGGAUAUUUGGAGUUUUGGGAUUACAGCUAUUGAAUUAGCUACAGGUUCUGCGCCUUAUCACAGAUAUCCACCCAUGAAGGUUUUAAUGCUGACCCUACAGAAUGAUCCUCCUAUUCUGGAUACAGGUGUGGAGGAUAAAGAAAUGUUAAAAAAAUAUGGAAAGUCUUUUAGGAAGCUAAUAACACUGUGCCUUCAGAAAGACCCUACCAAAAGGCCUACAGCAACAGAACUUUUGAAAUGCAAAUUCUUCCAAAAAGCUAAGAAUAGAGAGUAUCUGAUUGAAAAACUCCUACACAAAGCACCGAAUAUAGCCCAAAGAGCAAAAAAGGAACCUGAGCAGAACCCUGGGAAAACAAGCAUGGUGUCAGGUUCUGAGAGAGAACAGGAUGGAAACAGAAGGGUUAGAAGAGUCCCUGGGUCCAGUGGUCAUCUUCAUAAGACCGAGGAUGGAGACUGGGAGUGGAGUGAUGAUGAGUUGGAUGAAAGGAGUGAAGAGGGAAAAGCAGCAGUCAAUCAAGGAAGGUCACGAAGGUUAAGAAAAGAAAAUGAAGAGAAUGUUGUAAAUGCCAGCAGUGAUCCUAUGCAGGAGCUGUCCACUGAGGCACCUCAGGUGCACCCUCUUGAGACUUCUCAAUACAGCCAAGGGCCAUUUGCUAUAAAUAUGGUUUUACGAUUGAGGAAUGCCAGAAAGGAAUUGAAUGAUAUACGUUUUGAAUUUACACCAGGAAGAGAUACAGCAGAUGGUGUGUCUCAGGAGCUGUUCUCUGCUGGCCUUGUGGAUGGACAUGAUGUAGUUAUCGUUGCUGCUAACUUACAGAAGAUUGUAGAUGACCCAAACACUUACACAAUCUUGACUUUCAAACUGGCUUCUGGGUGUGAUGGAAAUGAGAUUCCUGACGAGAUCAAACUGAUUGGGUUUGCCCAGCUGAGUGUCAGCUGAUAUUUCCUGUUACCUGAUCUGUGUGGAAUGCUAGGAUUAGCUGAAAGAGUUAGCACCUUAGACGGAAUUCUGCUUCAUUCCCCAGCACUUCACUGGACCCUACAGCCACUGCUUGGCUCGCCUUGAAACACUGCUAAUAUUCAAGAGAGAAUUGAUAAAACUCUGGAGGACACUUGAGGGUUCAUGUCAGAAAAAAUGUACAAGGAUAAGAUGUGUACCCAGGUGGUUAUAUUUAUUAAUAUUAAGCAGCAUAUUAGUUUUAUUUUUUAUCAUGUUACCUCUGCUUUUGGCAUAGCUUUUUAAUGUUUUUUAAAAGUAAUUUAUUGACAAAGUUGCUGCCAUUUUGUUUUUGUUAAUUUUUUGGGGAUAUUUUUAGGUUCAUUUUAAAGAUAAGCCAAUAUAAUGAUGAUUUAAGUUUGAAGUAUUGCACAUUCAAAAAUGUGUUUUAUUUCUUAAAUACAUACUAUAUUUCACUGCAGUAUGAGUUUUGAGUGAGCCAUUGUCUGAAUAAAAUGAUCCAAAGUAUUGUGUAUUUUAGCAAAGGAAUGACUGAGAUGUGUCCACUGUUCCUAACACAAAAGUCAAAUGUUUUUUGGGUAAGGGAGGUGCCUUCUUAACCUUAAAUUUAAAAUGUGCCUGAGACGAUAGUGUAUGGGAACUGGUGAAUAGUAGCUAUUUGAAAUGACAACAGCAGAAGUUGUAUUUGUAUUGCCACAUAAAUGCAGUGACACUUAAAUAAGUAGAUUCUAGCUGAAUAAUGCAUUCUUGUGCAGAUACUGUAAAUACACAACUUGUUAAACCUUCAAGCUAAAAUUACCAUCCACUUUGGCCAGGGUAGGUGUUCCUGCACCUAGUCCUGUUGUACAAACUCCUGGCUACUCAGUCAUUGAACUAAUAUAGUUAGUUGAUAGUAGUUUGGAUGGACUGAGUGCAGGGCUAAUGUGAGUUUCUAACCAUAUAUCAUUUGGGAGAAUAUGAUAACAUAUUUAUACACUAUUAAAUAACAAACAUGCUUUCUGUAGUGUCUAAAUGCAAGAUGACAUUAGAAAAUACAUGACUUGCAUUUAACCAUUACAAUUAUCCAUAAACAGUAAAAAAAAAAAAAAAAAAAAAAGUAUUUUUGCAAACCAAACCUAACUGCACAGUUUGAGUAAUGAAGACUAGUACCAUUUGCUCUUACAAAAAGGUCUGUUUUUCCAGUUAAGAUUAAAAAAAAAGGCAGCUUUAAUUUAUUAACAUAACGACUGUAGUUAGAAAUGUACAUAUCUACUUAAUCUUUUGUCAUAUAAGGUAAGUUAUUGUGUUAACUACCCUUGCUAUUUAUCCUGUUUAAUUUAAUUAACAGUAAAAAAAUUGAAAUAACUGCAAACAGCAACCAAUAAACCAUUGCACAACUGGCACGUGUUGCAUUUUCAUUUUUUUUAUGUCUAUUUCUUGUUUUAAGUUGUGAUUUUGUUUCACCUAUGUUUGUAUUGGAUGCAUUGCUUCAAUGCUC